GGGGCGCUGACGAUCCGACCGGCCGGCGGUACGGUCGAUAUAUGUACAUAGAUAUAUUUUACAUAUUUUCUGCUGUAUAUUGGGGGGGACAGAUUGGUAUAUUUUCAAUAUUGGGGGGGACACAACCCCUCCAAAGAAUGCGUGGUUACGGCUAUGCUAACAACACACAGCAAACAAUUCCCCCGUCGUGUGAAGAGGCGUACAAUCAGAGGGGCCCCAUCGGGUGUCCCCCGAUGUCUCCGGUAAGAAGAAGACCUCCCCCCACUCUGCAGCCUCACAGUUUGGGUUCACAGUUUGAGUGACGAGAAGAGGAAGCACACGUCGUAUCUCUCCCCACAGAGAUGGCUGGUGGUUGCCUGAGCUGCUUCUUCGCAUACACGUCUGUUGUGCUCCUGGGGGGUCGCCUCUACGAUGUGGAGGCUUCACGCUGUGAUGGUGUCAUCUAUAAGAAAGUGGGGGACGCGGUGGAGUUGCCCUCAUGUGCACCAACUGAAGGGGUCACUGAUCCACAGUGGAAAUAUGGUUUUAAUUUAACCAUAGCAGGAAAAAUUGUUUAUAGAAAGAAUCAGUUCGAGGGCAGAUUAUACCUGAACCCCACAAGCUUUAAUUUAACAGUGAGACAACUGACUCGCCAAGAUUCUGGUGUUUUCGAAUUUAUCUCAGACGUGAAUGGCACACAAAGUGAAACAGUCACCAUCAAUCUGAGAGUUUAUGAUCCGAUAACCAAAGAGCCUGCUGUCACUUUGGAUUCCUCCUGGGACGCAGAGAACAACUCCUGCACAGUUUCUCUGACUUGCAGUUCAACCUCUGACAGCAGCGUCACCUUCAGCUGGACCGUGAGGAACGAAACCACGAGCGGCUCCACGAUGGUUUACAACGUCACGCCUCAGGACGGAGACACCGGAUUCACCUGCACCGUCUCCAACGUGGUCAGCGAGAAGUCAAAAAGCAUAACAGCAAAGUGCAGCAACGGUACGACUAACGAAUCAGAAUCACCGUUCUUUGUGCCGCUGGUCGUCGGGGCCCUCUGUGGAGCGGCGUUGAUUGGUCUCCCGCUCUUACUUUAUCUCUUCAUGAGGUCAAAGGGUUGCAUCGACAGACGCUCGGCCCCUCAGAGGGCCCAUCAGAAGGACUCGGUCACGCAGCCUGAAGCCCACGAGCACGUCUACGCCUCUCCUCUCCCAGGCGAUGAUUCCAUCUACCACUCAAUCCACGGUGCAAACGCUGAUCGAUACGGAGAUGAUGCCCCAUUGCAGCCGAUUCAGCUCGGCGGUCUUGAAGGGACGAGUGAUUAUGAAGAGCCGGACGAGAACUCACAGCAUAAUAAUGUGAAUCCAGAUCCAGCCAGAGAAGUGAAACGUCGACAAAACAAGUGAAACGCUGAUGUCAUCGUUACAGACUUCAUGUUUGUGGACGUUUGUGCAGCAAAACAACCGCUCUUUAGAUUUCUUUGUAAUAUAAAUAAUAUAAACAUUUUUUAUUUGCUGCUUUUUAUAUAUAUGUUUAUGAUAUGUAAACAAAGCUAUGGUUCACAUACUGUCCAUUGUGUACCUUUAAAUGUCCCAGCUUUGUCCUCUUUCCCAGCUGUCCAACAAUGCGACAAACAUCUGGUUCCUUAUUAUUAUCAUUCCUGCCAAUAAAGAUUAUUCUGAUCCAG